UUUUGUUACUUUUGCCUUUGCUUCUGUGCAAAUUCACUAGUCUUCCAUAAGAUUUCCUCACAUUGUGUGCAAAAUCUAAGUUGUUAUUAGUAUUUAAUUGUAGUUUCACAGCUUAUAAAAGAGCCAAUAAAUGGAUCAACUUAUUGUCUGUACAUUAAUGUUUCUGUUUUUAUAUCUAACCAAGUGAGUGGAAUUACCAUGGUGGCAUCUGUAAAACUAGUCUAUUUGAGAUAUUUUUAAUUGUUUGGCCUUGGUAAGUGAGGACUUUGAUUUUUCACUGAUUUGGGAGCUGCAUUUGUAUACAAGAAGCAGCAGCUCUAGUGUUCUGCCAGUCCUUUCAGCUUUUUGGGACUCUCUGCCCUGCCCUGCUCUGCUCUGCUCUGUCUCGUUCUCUGAUUUCCUGCAAUGUCUGCCUGAUGAUGCUGGUUAUCAUGGACAGAAAUUGGAGGGUAGGUGGUAUAAAAUUGAUCUGUUUGCCAAGAGAGUGACACCCAAUAAUGGAUUCGAGUUGAAAUUGGGCAAGAAGUAUACAAUGACUGACUGGUUGGGCUCUGCUGCGUAAAACACAGAUCUGGUCAACAAUCAAGAACCCAGUUUUAAUCUGGUCUACUAUCAAUAAUCCAGCUGCAACUGCGUUGCAAUCAAGAACCCAGUUUUAAUCUAGUCUUCAAGCAGGAAACCCAGUUUUAAUCUCAGGAGUCCAGUUCUUUCGAGGCCUUGAAGAUUCGUAGCAAUGGAGGCCAAUGCCGGACUUGUUGCUGGUUCCCACAACAGGAAUGAGCUCGUAGUGAUCAGGGCUGACGAACCUGGUCCUAAACCUCUCCAUCAUUUGAAUGGACAAGUCUGCCAGAUUUGCAGUGAUGACGUUGGUCUCACAGAGAACCGUGAGCUUUUUGUUGCUUGCAAUGAAUGUGCAUUUCCAGUAUGCAGACCUUGCUAUGAAUAUGAAAGAAGUGAGGGUAACCAAGUUUGUCCUCAAUGCAAGACCAGAUAUAAACGUCACAAAGGAAGUACCAGAGUUGCAGGAGAUGAGGAAGAAGAGGACGUGGAUGAUAUUGAAAAUGAAUUCAAUUUUGGUGAGCGUGACAAACAAGAUAUGCAGUAUGUAGCAGAGGCGAUGCUUCAUGGGCAAAUGAACUAUGGCCGAGGUGGAGAUGCAGAUAUGCCUCAUGUAGUCCCAACAACUUUUCCACAAGUGCCGCUGCUUACAAAUGGUCACAUGGACCCAGGAAUUCCUCCAGAACACCAUGCCCUAGUCCCUUCAUUUAUGGGAGGGAGUAAAAGAAUUCAUCCCCUUCCCUAUGCAGAUCCCAAUCUUCCAGUUCAAACCAGAUCAAUGGAUCCAACCAAGGACUUAGCAGCUUAUGGAUAUGGAAGUGUAGCAUGGAAGGAAAGAGUAGAAAAUUGGAAAAUGAGGCAGGAGAAAAUGCAAGUUAUGAGGAAUGAAGAUGGAGCACUAGGAGGAGGAAAGAAUUGGGAUCCUGAUGGCAAUGGCCCGGAUGGACCAGAUCUUCCACUAAUGGAUGAAGCAAGACAACCCUUGUCAAGAAAGAUGCCAAUUCCUUCAAGCAGAAUAAAUCCAUACCGAAUGAUAAUCAUACUUCGGCUUGUAGUUCUUGGCUUCUUUUUUCACUACCGUGUUAUGCAUCCUGUGGAUAAUGCUUAUGCCAUAUGGCUCACUUCAGUGAUCUGUGAACUAUGGUUUGCCUUUUCCUGGAUCCUUGAUCAAUUUCCUAAGUGGCUUCCAAUUGACAGGGAAACUUAUCUGGAUAGAUUAUCACUGAGGUACGAGAAGGAGGGACAACCUUCUGGUCUUUCUCCAGUAGAUAUCUUUGUCAGUACUGUGGAUCCUCUCAAAGAGCCUCCUUUGGUCACUGCAAAUACUGUUUUGUCCAUCCUUGCAGUGGACUAUCCUGUUGAUAAAGUUUCCUGUUAUGUUUCUGAUGAUGGUGCUGCUAUGUUGACAUUUGAGGCACUGUCAGAAACAUCAGAGUUUGCAAGGAAAUGGGUUCCAUUUUGCAAAAAAUUUAACAUUGAGCCCCGAGCACCUGAGAUGUACUUUGCACAGAAGAUAGAUUAUCUAAAAGAUAAAGUACAACCCUCCUUUGUGAAAGAUCGUAGGGCUAUGAAGAGAGAGUAUGAGGAGUUUAAGGUCCGCAUCAAUGCUUUAGUUUCUAAAGCACAAAAGGUGCCAGAAGAGGGUUGGACAAUGCAGGAUGGAACUCCGUGGCCUGGGAACAAUGUCCGUGACCAUCCAGGAAUGAUACAGGUAUUUUUGGGCCACAGUGGAGGACAUGAUACAGAUGGAAAUGAGCUACCCCGCCUAGUUUAUGUGUCCAGAGAAAAGAGACCUGGAUUCAAUCAUCACAAGAAAGCCGGUGCUAUGAAUUCUUUGGUUCGAGUGUCAGCAGUGCUUACAAAUGCUCCUUAUCUACUGAAUUUGGAUUGUGAUCAUUACAUAAACAACAGCAAAGCACUGCGCGAGUCCAUGUGUUUCAUGAUGGAUCCUACUGUCGGAAAGAAAGUUUGUUAUGUUCAAUUCCCUCAACGGUUUGAUGGUAUUGAUAGGCAUGAUCGAUAUGCCAACCGAAAUAUAGUUUUCUUUGAUAUCAAUAUGAAAGGUCUAGAUGGCAUUCAGGGGCCCAUAUAUGUUGGUACAGGAUGUGUCUUCAGGAGGCAAGCACUUUAUGGAUUUGAUGCUCCUAAACCAGAGAAGGAACCUACAAGUCUGAGGAGUUGCAGUUGCUGGCCGAAAUGGUGUUGUUGUGGUUGUUGCACUUCCCGAAAGAAGAACAAGAAGGUUAAUAAGCCAAAGCAAGAGAAAAAGAAGAAGAAAUCUAAGCGCAGUGAUGCCACUGUGCCCAUCUUUAAUUUGGAAGAUAUAGAAGAGGGAGUAGAAGGAAUUGAAAAUGAAAAGUCAGCAUUGAUGUCUCAGAAGAAAUUAGAAAAGAAAUUUGGACAGUCUCCUGUCUUUAUUGCUGCUACCCUUCUUGAGAAUGGCGGUGUACCACAAAAUGCCAGCCCUGCUUCACUCUUAAAGGAAGCUAUUCAUGUUAUUAGCUGUGGCUAUGAAGAUAAAACAGACUGGGGAAAGGAGGUUGGAUGGAUUUAUGGCUCAGUUACAGAAGAUAUUUUGACAGGAUUCAAAAUGCACUGCCAUGGAUGGCGAUCUAUCUAUUGCAUUCCUCCAAGGCCAGCAUUCAAAGGUUCUGCUCCUAUUAAUCUUUCAGAUCGUCUCCACCAAGUUUUGCGUUGGGCACUUGGAUCUGUUGAAAUUUUCUUGAGCAGGCACUGUCCACUAUGGUAUGGGUAUGGAGGGGGAUUGAAAUGGUUAGAGAGGCUGUCAUAUAUAAAUGCAACUGUCUAUCCUUGGACAUCUAUCCCCUUAGUUGCAUACUGUACUUUGCCAGCUGUAUGCUUACUUACUGGAAAAUUCAUUAUACCGGAGCUUAGUAACAUAGCAAGUUUAUGGUUUCUGGCUAUGUUUAUCUGUAUCUUUGCAACGGGUAUCCUUGAGAUGCGGUGGAGUGGUGUUGGAAUCGAUGACUGGUGGAGAAAUGAGCAAUUUUGGGUGAUUGGAGGUGUGUCUGCACAUCUAUUUGCUGUAUUUCAGGGUUUGCUGAAGGUUCUGGCUGGUAUUGAUACAAAUUUCACCGUGACGUCGAAAGCUGGAGAUGAUGCUGACUUUUCGGAGUUAUAUGAAUUUAAGUGGACAACCUUGUUGAUUCCACCAACAACAUUGCUUAUAAUUAACCUAAUUGGAGUUGUUGCUGGUGUCUCUGAUGCUAUAAAUAAUGGAUAUGAGUCCUGGGGCCCUUUGUUUGGAAAAUUGUUUUUUGCCUUUUGGGUGAUUGUGCAUUUGUAUCCUUUCCUCAAAGGUUUGAUGGGGAGACAGAACAGGACACCUACAAUUGUUGUUGUGUGGUCCAUUCUACUUGCAUCCGUCUUCUCCCUUGUAUGGGUCCGGAUUAAUCCAUUCAUUGCCAGAUCAGAUGGACCGACAUUGGAGGAAUGUGGCUUAGACUGUGAAUAAGCUUUAAAAUGUGACUCUAACCAAAUGAUUGGAGAGUCUUGCAGCAUAUUUGACAUCGUAAGUGUAGUAAUUUUGAUGGAAUUUGAUGUCUUGAAAGCAUUUCUACUAGUGAUGGUGACAAGAGACGGUUGUGCAACUUAUGCAAGGCUAAAUGACCCCUCUGGUUAUGGUUGGGGAUGAGACGUAGGAGGAAAAUGCUAAGACUUUCUAUGUGUAGUUUAUUAUUAUAUAGAUAGUGCUACUCAUUCCUUAAUGAAGUCAAGACUUCUACCUCCUUGGUUUAGGUCUCCACUGAAAAUGGUGAUCAAUGGUUGAACCACUCUAGCAGUCCUGUAGAGCUCAUCAUUCUUUAUUACUUGGUUGAAGGGUCAACAUUGUGCACGUAGAAUUCCUGUUGAUCUUACAUUGAUUUCUUUCAAAUAAGAGCAUAUUUAUGCUUGCCAUCAAAGGGCCAUGCACAAAUAGGAAGUGGGAGAUGCAGAUUAAAAUAUUUAUCUAUUUUUCUUUUUGAUUACCAGGUGCUGCUGUCAUCUCUUCAUCUCAGAUAUCCUGUAAUUUGAUAUGUCCAGGAAGCGGUGUGCCAUAAUGCUUCAGUUCAGUAUAUUAUUUUGGGUUGUCCUAAUUUAUUUAGCAAGGAUCGUCCAGGUGCUUUUUGACAGACAUUAUUGAUCUUGGACUUUGAAAUUCUUGUGGUAAGGUUGACAUCAUCUUGCCCUAUAAAUUUGUCUACAUGAUGUGUCAUCUUUAUUUGUAAUAACUUGUUUAGAAAAUAAUCUGGGCUUAUUAUUUUCUGCCCUCAAAUA